AUGGAGAGCUUCAUUACCACAACCAAUAGUGCCAUCCAACAACAAGGUAGCUCCAUCCAACAGUUGCAAGCCCAUAGUAAGCUCAUGGAAAGCCAAAUAAGCCAACUUUCACUACAGGUGAGUCGCCUAUCAACUCUUCAAGAUCAAGCAAAGGUUCAAAAAGAACAAUGCAAUGCUGUUUUCUUAAGAAGAGAUGAAGCCUUUCCGAGGAAAAUUGUUGAGAAGGUGUGCAGUGAGGAGUCUAGGAAAGACAAAAAGGGCAAAGAUGUUCAAAGCUCCAAAUAUGUGGCUCCACCUGCUUAUGAGGAACCGAUGCCUUUCCCGCAACGGUUGUCAAAAGCCGUGCUCGAUAGACAUUUUGGCAAAUAUUGUGAAGCCCUCAAGAAGGUACACGCUUCUACUCCCUAUUCUGAUCUUUUAGUUCAAAUGCCUCAAUUUGCAAAUUUUCUAAAGAAUAUUAAAGAUCAACAUGAGGAUAAGGAAGUAGCACAUAAGAAGGGCCCUACUCUCUUAUAUGAUAACCUACCACCUAAGCUGCAUGAUCCUGGUAGUUUCACUAUUCCCUGCACGAUAAACGAGAAAUUUUUCGAUAAGGUUUUGUGCGACUUAGGUGCUAGUGUUAACUUAAUGCCUUUUUCAUUGUAUGAGAAUUUAGGUUUGCAAGGACUUAAACCUUCCUCUAUUUCUCUUCAAAUGGCUGAUAAAACCUCUAGACUCUCUAAGGGUGUGGUUGAAGAUGUAUUAAUUAAGGUUGGUGAACUUAUUUUUCCUAUUGAUUUUGUUGUUAUGGACAUGAAAGUAGACCAUAAGAUCCCGAUUAUAUUUGGUCGUCCAUUCCUUGCCACAAGUCAAGCUCUAAUAGAUUUUCCUAAAGGACAAGUGACCAUUAGGGCCCAGGAUAAACAAGUCAUAUUCAAGCUCUUUGAUGAACAUAACUCUAAAUUUGAUGGUGGUACUUGCUUAAGAAUCGAUGCUACUAACCCUUUUGUUGAUAAGUAUGUAUUUGAUAGAAAUUUUGUGAGAAGCAAGGACAAAAUUCCACCCAAUGAUGUGUUUGGCCGCAUGAAGAGAACAUCGACCGGGAAUAACCAACCCGAUUGGGCGCGAACAACAGCAAGUUCUGACGAUGAUGUUGUUGACGAUGAUGAUGAUGAUGGUACUGAGCUUGAGUUCGAGUGA